CUAAGGAAAUUGAAACUGAGUUCAAGAGAGUUGAGCGGCUGCUGGAGAGAAAAUGAAAGUGGAAAAGAAGGAAUGAACAUGUUUUUUUAAUUCUGAAUUAGUUUAAACGUAGCGAAUACUAAGCUGGCGAUUGAGAUCCUGUUGGCGGUCGGGAUAAGCUGGCUGUGCACAGUACUCGAGGGUGAGCACACGACUUGGUGGGCCGAUCAGCUUCGUUUAUGGACUUCCAGUGUAGUUCGUCGUUUGCGUGCCAACACCUGACGUGAACAGGUUGAUUGGAAGUCUGAUUCUGAAGUAACCUCUUAUUUGAUCAGCACUAAACAGGAAAUAUUGUUUUUAUUAAUGACGAUCAAAGCACACUAGAACCCUGAUGAACCAAGGUGUUCACAUUACCUGAGGCAAACCUUUCAGGGUUGAAGGGAGCAGGAGCCAUACUGGCAGAAACAGAUACAAGGCUGGGAGCAUCUGGGGGAGCAUACCAGUCUAUUAAAGGAGCUUUGAGAAAACCACUGCAAAAGAUAUUUCAACAUGGAUGGAACAAACUAUAUUAGUGCUCUUAAUGAACACCGACAGAGACAUAAUUUAUCAUUAGUAUUUAAAGAGGUUUCCAUAGAUGGCCCAGACCACAACCGCACGUUUACGUAUCAAAUAAUCCUUGAUGAAAUAAGUUAUCCUAAAGCUGAUGGUAAAAAUAAGAAAGAGGCUAAGCAAAAUGCUGCCAAGGCGGCCUAUGAAAUAUUAAAGAAACAAGAGUCAUCCAGUGAUCUGUCAGUGACUGGACCACAAAUAAAUUUACUCUCAACAUCACCCACAGAUGUAAACUACAUAGGGUGGCUUAAUAAUUACGGUCAGCAGCAUCAUGUAGGUGUCUGGGCUAUAGAAAAGGGUUUACCUGGACUUGCUCACUUACCACAGUUUUCCUGUCAGUUCAAAAUUGGAGAUCGAGAAUUUGGUGUAGCAAAUGGAAAAAAUAAAAAAGAAGCAAAAAAAGAAGCUGCAAAGCUUGCAUAUGAUGAACUUGUACAUGAAAGUAGUGUCCAGACAGAAGACAAGUCAGAAAGUGAGAUUAAAUGCAGUCCUGAUUCUAGACUGGACUUAGGCUCUUGCUCUUCUGAGAUGGGAAGUAUAGUAAACGGUGAAAGCAAAUCAUCCCUUGAAAAAAGUGAGGUUUUCAGUCAAGAUGAUGACACCAGUUGUGAUGCAAACCAUAUUGGGAAAUUAAAUGAAUUGUGCCAAAAAAACAGCUGGAUGCAUGAUUUUAAGUUGAUUAAAAGUGGACCUCCACACGAUCCAGAAUUUUCUUGCUAUGUUACAAUUAAUGGAAAACAGUUUCCUGAAGCAAAGGGAAAGACCAGUAAAGAUGCAAAGCAAAAGGCAGCAAAGUUGGCUGUGACAGAAUGUUGCUCUUCAGCCAAGUGUUCUGAAACCCAUAGCGGAACUUUAUCUUCUUCUACAGAUUCAUGCUCCAAACAAGAAACAGAGAGUUUUAAAUCUGGGGACAGUGAUGACUCCAUUGUGUUCAAGAGCAGCAGUCCCAGCCCUAAAGCUUCUGCAGCCAUUUCACCUUCACUGACACCUGUUCGGAGGAGUCCUGAUGAAUGUAAACAGAGAACCAAAAUAGUGUUAGCACCAACAUUUGCCCAUGGAAAUGAAGCAAACCACCCAAGAACAAAUUUACAGGAAAAAAAAACCUUCAAUGGAGGACCCAAGUCUUCCAUUGUACCAGAGCUUUCAGGAUUUGAUCAAUUAAGCCAUCUUGAUAAAGGAGGCUUUGGAUAUGUUUGGAAAGCAAGAAAGACUUUGGACAAUAAAUUUUAUGCAGUUAAAAGAGUAAAGUAUAAUGAAAAAGCCCGCCGUGAAGUUGAGGCUUUAGCAAAUCUGGACCAUAAAAAUAUUGUUCAAUAUUUUACAUCUUGGGUAUCUCAAGAAUUUCCAAGCAACUUUCCGGAGACAUCGACAAGUUCCAGUAGCUCAAGCAGUUCAGAUCCCAAGAAUCCAAAGAUUUAUCUGUUUAUUCAAAUGAAAUUAUAUGAAAAAGGAAAUUUAGAAACUUGGAUGUAUGAAAAUAAGAGAAGCAAAAUUGUGGCUAUGAAUAUGUUUGCACAGAUUGUCGAAGGAGUUGAACAUAUUCAUUCGAAUAAUCUAAUUCAUAGAGAUUUAAAGCCAAAAAAUAUAUUUAUAGGCGAUGAUGACACAGUAAAAAUUGGAGAUUUUGGAUUAGCAUGCACGACAAGCAGUGACGAUGAUAACGCCUUAAUUGAACGCACAAAACGCACAGGAACACCCUCAUAUAUGAGUCCUGAACAGAACAACCUAUCGAACUAUGGGAAUGAAGUAGACAUUUUCUCACUUGGACUUAUUUUCUUUGAACUCCUAUGGCCAAUAAAAACAAAGAGUGAAAAGUAUAAGAUUUGGCCAGAUGUAAGAGAAGGAAACUUCCCUCAACGGUUUUGUAAUGAACAUGGCCAAGAACGUUUACUUCUUAGAGCGAUGCUUUCAGAAGAUCCAAAAAACCGACCAACAGCAAAACAUCUUUCCACACGAAUGGGCGUAAUGAUAGAAAACAAUUCUCUCAGGUCAAAUACUGUAUAGGAGACAUCCAUGAAGACAUGGGAGAGACUGUAUAGCUUAACGUGUUGGAUUCUAAACAAAUGUAUAUCCUUCAGGAACUUGGUGGACUCUGUUUCCUGCGGUCAGAAAAGAGGCAAAAGUCAGAGGGGUGUGCUUUAAGGUAGCCUUUUGAAGGCAUAACAAUUACCCAAGUGCAAACAUUUUUUAUAGACCUUUUACUGUCUUUUAAACAUUAGCCAUCAAGGCAACCUCUUAUUCUUCAGACUCAGUCUUAGGAAGUGGAAUUGCAAAAGGCAUUUCUAAAUACUACGCCUUGUGUUGGCUGGGAUUGGCUCCAGCAGACCCCGUGAACUUGUAGUUAUAGCGGGUUGGAUGAUGGAUGGAUUUCUAAAUACUCCCAAUGUGAGCUUGCUUGUUUGCCGUUUACUUCCAUUCCACAAAAUAUGAUCACAUUUAAUGUGGGAAAUACUGUAUCAACUAAAAUUUUUUUCUUGAUGAAGUAAUCAUGGGUCAUAAUACUGUUUUUAUGGUUUUAAUUGUGUAAUUUGGAAAUGAAAAUCAGGUUUAAGAGACUUUUAUGACAAAAAUGCUUAAUCUAUAAUGUAAAUGAAAUUAGUUUUAAGUCAUGUUUGCACUUGUCACAAAAGAAAUGUCUUCAACAAGAUCAAGUGUUCAGUUUAAAAAGCAAUCAUUGUAAGCACUUGCACUAAGUUACGGUUUAACCAUGUCGAUCCCCACUCUCAUUUAGAUGCAUAACUGACUUGCAGUUCCCUACCAAGUUGCGUUUAGUGAUGGAGGAAAUCCCUGGAAAAGUCAAAGGGAAGUGUCAUAAGCAAAAUUGCUGAACAUUAACUCCACAUACGGUCCGGCAUACUGUUUUUUACUGGGUUAUAGCAUGUUGGAAACUAUUAACUCUCUAAUUGUUAACAUCUUGAAAGAUUACCAGAAAACGUGAAACGUAGCAUGUAGAGUGAUUUUACAUGAGUAUGCUUUUAUGGGGUCUUUUCUAUGUAUGUUGCGACAAAGUACUAAACAGUGACUCACCUAAACAUACUAGCUUGAUGUCAAAGUUGAGAUGUGUUAAACAGAAACCAAAUCUCUGCUCUAGAGGUCUGAAGCAUCUGCAUUGUGUGGCUUUUCCGCUAAACAAGUGAGUCGACCUUUAUUUUGAGUCUUGGGUGAAGUACGAAAAAGCAGCACAAAGCUGCGUUGAAGCACUUUAUUUAAUAAAUUGUGCCUUUUGUCGACAGAUGAGUGGCAUCCUGUGUAAUGGGUAAUGUGCUUAAAGGAAUAGUCAACCUGAAAAUAUUUCAUUUUAUAGGCACUCUUAUGUGGUUUGUAGGGAUUGCUGAGAAAAAAUUUUAAUCUCAUGUUUUCAUGCAGAACAGCGGUAACAAAGCUUAUGGUUUAAUGGAAGCUGGCAGUCACCAACACUGGACAACAGCAAAACAAUGUGAAAAAGUCCAUAGGGAAAAACCUCCAGUUACUCUUUUUUGUUUUUUUUCUAGUUGUAUACACCAAUCAUGGAAAACGCACGUAUUUUUUGCUUAAAUAUUGUUAAAUCGAUUCCUCCGAUAAAACAAAAGCAGCCCACAACUCGUAAGCUCUUUUACACGAAGUUGUGCUUUUCAAUUGAAGACCUUCCUCUCACUACACUAGUCAAGAAUCCUGUCUUCAGUUCAAAAGUGUGACCCCCGUGUGAAAGGGGUGUGGGCUUCUUUCGCUCUACCAGAGGAAUCGAUUUUGCAGUAUUAUUAUGUAACAAAAGAUUUUUUUUUGAUCCAGCAUUGGUCGCCACUCUCUUCUAUUAAAGCAUAAACUUUGUUAGUUCAGUUCUGCAUGAAAGAAUGAAAUCUAUUUUUUUUCUUGGUCAUCACCACAUACAAUAUAGGAUAAGUAACAUUUAAAAAAAAAAAGACUAAUUUUUCAGCGGAGAAUUUCUUUAAGGAAGGCAGAUACUUCUGUGUCAUUUGAAGAAAAGUGAAAGAUGUGCAAUCCAAAUGAAUCCUAGCCUCAGUGUCUUUGAAUCAUGUAAGCUGUCCCACAGUAUUUGCUAAUGUGUGUAAAAUUUGACAAGAGUGGACGCAGAUCACUGAAGUAAUAAAUUGUCAGAUAUCAUUGA